GUUGUAGACGUGUAUUCGGUACCUCCCAGCGGAGCAUUCCCUGGGGUAGCGUGAGAAUAGUUGUGCACUGCACACUCUCGGAGGUAUUGUUUCUCCCCUAUAGUUCUUCAUUGGUCCACCCUCAGUUGCUGCUUUUCAUGGUACACGGACGGGAACGUCUGUUUUCCACGCCGACUUCCCAGGGUGAUAUAUUUAUCGUUGGACCGACGGAACUGACCCAGCUCUUACUGGUCAGCUGUAUUAUAGCCCCCGAGGGAUCAACACGGACGCUGUGAGUUAGAUUUCAUCUUGACCUGCUGUUUGUUUGCUAUUACAGACAGGAAUAAAACUUCCACAGAUAGUGUUUGGUGAAAUGUGAGGAACAGGGAAGUGUUUUCUAUUAUACUAUAUACCGUAUAUACUGAGCGCGGACCAACCAUUGCCGCGGAGCGCCUUGCGAUUUCCCGGAUCAUCAAAAGGUUACAUUUAACGUUAGAAGUUUCACAGACGUUGCAACCAUGGUCAAGUGGAGAAAAAGCAUGGAGUAUACCUGUAAUGAGAACGAAAGCGCCGAUGCUGAAAAGGCGAAGAAGAACAACGCCUGUGAGCAAUGUUUAUCGUGUUUGGCUCACGUGCCUUGUCCGUCGCUCUGUUCCUGGAUAUUGCUUCUGAUUGGUCUGGGAGGAAUCACUGGCGGCGUUGUCUACGGUGUUCGAAAAACACGUGACCUGGUUGUAAACAGUGACUUCCUCUGGUUCAUCGAGUUUACUCUGGUGGGAGCAUGUGUCGGCAUGUUUAUAUUUGGAACCUUCUUCCUCAUCCUUUGUCAUUAUUCCUCUGAUCCUACAAGCCGCCAUGUUUUCAACUCCUUCAAGAAAAAUGCGUGUGCAAGGGCCAUUAACAUGGUGGGGCUCGUACUGGUCUACUUGUUCCUGGUGGCCUGGAUAGUUCUUCUAUCCACCUUAGUCGUUCCAAUCAUCGGAUACGUGGUACUGUUGUACCUAUACGACAGCGAGGGACGCUGCAUAGAUCUGAGAAAUUACGGUCUGUCGGAUCAUUCGGUGUGUGGCUCAGAAUUAACGUUAUUCAAAAUCGAGGGUCAGGAGGCAUUUAUCAGUUUUUCCGUGGCGUAUUUUGCUGCCUUACUGGUUAUUAUAAGUUUGGUAAAUUUCAUGAUAUGUAUGACAUCAAACUUGAUGCAUUUGAAAGACUCUCGUUAUGCCACACUGAAUCCCUAUCAAGACGACGAAAUCCACACAUCUAAACAUUCUAUCCUGGAGACAACCAUGUGAUGCUGGCCGCCAUAUUAGACCGGAAACUUAUACGGCAGAGAAUCGUUGGCCUUUUUGCUGAUCAAUACUCACUUCUCUGACAGUCAGCAAUGAUAUGCACAUGUAUCUAGAAAGAAUACAUGGUUUCUGCACAGAAUUGGGAGAGGAGAAUCGUUAUUAAGAAACAGGAACUGGUAAAUGAUUAGUCGCCAUGUUGGUUGCCCUCUUUCAGGCAUUGACUACUUCCCAAUGGGAUCUUUAGAAUCCAGUAUGCUGAGGAUGAACAUCACUGAUGAGCUGUAAGAAACUGGUGUGAAGUACAAGUCUUCCAUUAUUUGGAAGCACUGAUGGACGAAAAAAGGAUGUUGCGGAUGGAGAGGAAUGCUUUUGGUGCACACAGUAACGCACGGAAGAAACAAACGUUUUUAUUAACCUUCAUGGAUCUUUUUAGCAAAUAUUCAUGAUACAUCCGCAUUUUGGAUUUGUAAUAUUAUUGAUGAAAUUCAAUACCGACGUCAUUUUUGUUUGGUUUCUGUUUAGUCAGAGGUACAGCACUUUUUCAGAUUCUUCAAACAUUGUCACUUUGUUGAGUUGGCUUAGUGGUUUACAAAAGUUAAUCGAACAUAGUAUAAGACAUGUUCUAAUGUCUUCACUGUCUAAAAUGGUAAGUUUUUGAAGGUUGCGUAGGCCUACAGAUCAUACCUGCACAGCGUUUAUUAUUUUUCUUCAGGCCACAAAUAUUGGUAGACGCGCAUUUUUGCAAGACGGUAAAACAACGAUUUUAUCUGCAUGUAAAUAAUUCAUGGCAUGGCAUUUGAACAAAAAUAAUCAAGGAAAACAGCUGUAUGUGCAUAUUUUAAUGGUUUUACACUUAGCUGUUGUUAAGAAAACCCACAAACUCUGAGGACAGUCUUGUGUGAUUGCUUUAUUAGGCUAUAUUGUAAAAUUGUCAUUAUACAGCCAGAAGCUCAGAUACGUUCACAUGAUUGGUCAUAGUGCAAUAUGUUACCCACCAACACACCAUACUCUUUACAGCGCAUGUGCCGCUUUACAUCACUACCACCAUUAGUCAAGCUUGACCUUUGGAGCUUGUGAAUCGCACGUAUGCUUGUUUAGGCAGACCGGGAACUAUUUAAUCAGCAUUCAUCAAUAAAAGUGUUUUAAGCUUUGGGCAAAAUCACGUUGUACAUACUCUAGAUAAAGAGGAUGCAUUUGUACACAGUCUUGUUGAAGACAAAGGUUGAGACGGAUUUUUUGUGUUUUUUUUAUCCCCCUCACGCAUCAUGUGCAUCAUUUCUUCUUACAAACGGAACAGUUUAUAUACUCAUGAUCUGACAGAUUAUUGGUCUCAAGUCAACACGAGUCGUGUCCCCUGCCUGGUGUCUCCGACCUUAGUGUAUCUACACAGUACCAUAUCUGCACAGUUCUAUAAAACAUCGGGUGUCCUGCAUGUCUCGCCCAGUUCAGCCUCACAAGUGUCUCAGAUCUGUAUUUGUAUGACAGUCGAACAGCAUUUUUUAAAUAAAUGUUCUAGAUUUCCUAUAGUGUUUUCUUUUACGAUAAAAUUAACCCAUAAUACAAAUUUCAUCAAUAUUUAUUA